AUGUCGGUCAAGUUCGAGCGGGACACGUUCAAGCAGACGGCGCAGAACGCCAUGUCGAGCGCCGUCCCCGAGAAUGGUCGCAUUCCCGGCACCAGCGGCAAGCACCCCGUCGCUGAGAAGGUCGGCACCGCCCUCACCGGCGGCAUCCAGAAUGCCGGCACCAAGGGCUACCUGGCGGCCUACAUUAAGCAGCUCGAGUCGAAUCCUCUGCGCACAAAGAUGCUCACGGCCGGCUCCCUCGCCGGUGCCCAGGAGCUCCUCGCCUCGUGGCUCGCCAAGGACCGCAACAAGCACGGCCACUACUUCACGUCGCGCGUUCCCAAGAUGGCCGCUUACGGCGCCCUCGUUAGCGCUCCCAUCGGCCACGUCCUCAUCUGGGCCCUACAGAAGGUCUUCAAGGGUCGCACCAGUCUCAAGGCCAAGAUUCUGCAGAUUCUUGCCAGCAACCUGAUUAUUGCGCCCAUCCAAAACAGCAUCUACCUCGUCGCCAUGGCCCUCAUCGCCGGCGCGCGCACGUACCACCAGGUCCGCGCCACCGUCAAGGUCGGCUUCUGGAGAGUCAUGAAGGUUUCGUGGCUCACCUCCCCCAUCUGCCUGGCCUUUGCCCAGAAGUUCCUCCCCGACCAGCUCUGGGUGCCCUUCUUCAACAUUGUCGGUUUCAUCAUCGGCACCUACAUCAACACCACCACCAAGAAGAAGCGCCUCGCAGCCCUGCGCCGCAAGCACUUCGGCGACGGCCGCCCCAGCAACAUGGGUGGCCGACCCGAGGACUACCCCCCGCCCCCCAUGGGCUCCAACCCCCCGUACUAG